AUGUCCCGUAAGGAGCUUAUAGCUCUACGAGAGUGGCUCGAAGAGAACCUACGUAAGGGGUUUAUUUGUCUAAGCUCCUCCCCUACCGCCUCCCCUAUUCUAUUUGUUAAGAAGCCCGACGGAGGCCUUCGUUUCUGCGGCAUGAAGUACUUCUUAAAGAUUAAUAUUAUUGCUACCUUUAAUAACGUACGCAUUAAGGAAGGCUAG